CAGAGAUGGCCGCCGAGUGGACUGACUUGCCUUGAAAGUGACUUUGCUGCCCGUGUAGAAAAACAACAGUUUGCGUCCUGGCCAGCAGUUCUCGCGAUGUCCCUCGAUGUUUCCGGUGUUGUGAAUCUGUCUGGUAAAGAUGGCGCUCAGCAUCCGAGGCCGUCCUAUCCGAAGUAUACGGAUGCGAGGUCGAAAUGACAGUGGCGAGGAAAAUGUACCACUCGAUCUCAUGAGAGACCCAUCCGAGAACAUGCGAGAUAUCCUCCAGAAUGUGGCCAAACAGCAGGGAGUCUCGAACAUGCGCAAACUCGGCCACCUGAACAACUUUGUCAAGCUGCUCUGCAAUGUCGGGCUUUCAGAGGAAAAGUUUGGCUUCACCUAUGAAGAAAUUAUCAUCUGCCUAAGGUUGGCUCUGCUUAAUGAGGCUAAGGAGGUGCGGGCGGCUGGUCUGCGUGCUCUCCGCUACCUCAUCAGAGACAGCACUAUACUCAAGAAAGUUCUGCGGCUCCAGGUGGAUUACCUGAUUGCCAGAUGCAUUGACAUCCAGCAGAGUAACGAGGUGGAACGCACACAAGCUCUCCGACUGGUGAGAAAGAUGAUCACUGUGAACGCCCUGCUGUUCCCAAGCUCAGUCACAAACUCCCUCAUGGCCGUGGGCAACGACGGUCUCCAGGACCGUGACCGUAUGGUUCGCGCCUGCAUCGCCAUUAUCUGUGAACUUGCACUGGAGAACCCAGAGAUUGUGGCUAAGAGGGGUGGUCUCAGUACCAUCCUGAAGAACGUAAUCGACUGUCAGCUCAGUCGCAUCAAUGAGGCUCUGAUGACCACCAUCCUGCACCUGCUCAACCACCCACACACACGGCAAUACGUUCGAUCGGAGGUGGAACUUGAGCAAAUCCUGGCACCUUACACUGACUUUCACUACAGACACAAUCCAGACACAUCAGAGAGUCAACUCAAGGAAGACAGGGAGGCUCGAUUUCUGUCCAGUAAGAUGUCAAUUGUUGCUUCCUUUCGCUCCUGGUCAGGCAUCAUUAACCUCUGCAAGUCAGGCAACUCUGGAAUCCAGUCUCUCAUUGGUCUGCUGUGUAUACCAAAUAUGGAAGUGAGGCAAGGUCUGCUGGAGGUGAUGUAUGAUAUAUUCAGGCUCCCUGUUCCUGUGAUGACACAAGAUUUUAUAGAAGCUCUUCUCAGUGUGGAUCCCAGUAGGUUUCAGGACAGCUGGAGACUGUCAGAUGGUUUUGUAGCCUCAGAAGCAAAAAUUAUACUUCCCCAUAGAGCACGGUCCAGACCUGAUUUGAUGGAUAACUAUCUCGCCUUGCUACUUUCUGCCUUCAUCCACAGUGGACUUUUAGAGGGUCUGGUUGAAGUGAUUACCAGCAGCGAUGAUAGCAUUUCAGUUCGCACAACCAUCCUCUUAGGAGAGCUCCUGCACAUGGCCAACACCAUUCUCCCUCACUCCCACAGUCACCACCUGCACUGCCUGCCCACUCUUAUGAACAUGGCUGCUUCUUUUGAUAUUUCUCAGGAGAAAAGACUACGGGCAAGCGCUGCAGUGAAUUACUUGAACCGAUUUCACGAGAAGAAGAAACGAGGCCCCAAACCUAGUAGUCUUUACUUGGACCUCAUUAUUUGCAAAUCACUGGCUGCUCAUUACUUUAGGGACCAGCAUCUCAGACCCCAAAGAGACAUUUUUGUCAUUAAGGACACUGAGGAGGCCCUAAUGAUGAUCCUCAGAGACAGUCAAAUUCUCAAUCAUAAACAGAAUUUGGACUGGAACUGGGUCCUGAUCAGUACCAUAUUGAAGUGGCCCAGUGUCAACCUUCGGAACAACAAAGAUGAACAGAUGCACAGGUUUGUGCGAAGGCUUCUGUUCUUCUACAAGCCUAGCAGUAAGCUGUAUGCCAGCCUGGAGCUGGACCACAGCAAGGCCAAGCAGUUAACGGUGGUGGGCUGUCAGUUCAUUGAGUUCCUUCUAGAGUCCGAUGAGGAUGGGCAGGCGUAUCUUGAAGACCUGGUGAAGGACAUCGUGCAGUGGCUGUCCUUGUCCUCUGGACUCAAACCAGACCGUAGUCUGCAGAGCAAUGGCCUCCUCACCACCCUCAGCCAGCACUAUUUCCUCUUCCUGGGCACUCUUUCAGCCCACCCGCAGGGUGUUAAGAUGCUUGAGAAGUGCAGUGUCUUCCAAUGCCUGCUGAACUUGUGCUCCCUGAAGAAUCAGGACCAUCUUCUAAAGCUGAUUGUUUCCACACUGGACUACAGUCGUGAUGGCUUGGCACGAGUCAUUCUCUCAAAGAUCCUCACUGCUGCCACUGAUAACUGCAGACUGUAUGCCACCAAGCAUCUGCGGGUGCUACUCAGAGCCAAUGUAGAGUUCUUCAGCAACUGGGGUAUUGAACUGCUGGUGACACAGCUGCACGACCGCAACAAGGCCAUCUCAAUAGAGGCUUUGGACAUACUGGAUGAGGCCUGUGAAGACAAGGCAAAUCUUCAUGCUCUGAUUCAGAUGAAGCCAGCACUAACUCACCUGGGAGACAAGGGUGUGCUAUUGCUGCUAAGGUUCUUGUCCAUUCCAAAGGGGUUCUCCUAUCUAAAUGAGAGGGGGUAUGUCGCUAGACAACUCGAAAAGUGGCAGAAGGAAUACAACCUCAAGUAUGUGGACCUCAUAGAGGAACAGUUGAAUGAAGCUCUCACUACUUACCGUAAACCAGUGGAUGGAGAUAACUAUGUGCGACGGAGCAACCAAAGGUUACAAAGGCCAAAUGUUUAUCUUCCAGUGCAUUUAUAUGGACAACUUGUACAUGAUAAGACAGGCUGUCAUUUACUGGAAGCUCAGAAUGUAGUUCCAGAUCUGAGCUACACAGUGCGCUGCCCAGUGCUGGACAAAUGGGAGGGCAUCAAACAACUUAAGGCUGCACUUUGGGCCCUGGGAAACAUUGGCACUUCUAACUGGGGACUGAACCUCCUGCAGGAGGAGAAUGUGAUUCCAGACAUCGUCGCUCUUGCUCAUGACUGUGAGGUUCUGUCUAUUAGAGGGACAUGUCUUUAUGUUCUGGGACUCAUUUCGAAAACUAAGCAGGGUUGUGAGCUACUGAAACUGCAUGGCUGGGAUGCGGUCAGGCACAAUCGCAGGCAGCUUUGGCCAGUAGUGCCAGAUGAGGUGGAGCAGCAGCAGAACCUCCAGCAGCUGCAGCAGCAACAACAGCAGCAGCAGCCCCUCAUCCAGCUUUCUUCAGCUCCCAGCACCCUCAGCCUGAACUCUGAGUCCACCAGCUCCAGACACAACAGUGAGAGUGACUCCACUCAGCCUAGUAUGUACAUCCUGAAUGAUGAUAAAUUUGAAAGCUGUGAGCUUUCUGAGGACCAGCCACUGUACCUCAGGCCCAAACUUCUAAAGGACCUCAGUCCAUUUACCAUCCUGGCCUCCAGCCGCCUCGUCCGUAACCGCUUCCUGAUCUCGCUCUCUGGAAAAAAAAUUCGCAGCACCAGUGACCCCAAAGGCACUGGCAGCAGCAGUAACUUCCAUGGUGAGCCCACUUUAGGAGGCCUCAGGAGGGUUCGCACCAUCACUGAGCCCUCUAUAUUUUCUCCUGGUCAAGCGGAUGUCUUCAGUCCUGUAUUUACUGAUGGGCAUGUGCCAAAAAGCCCAAGCGUAAGUCUGGAGACCUCCUUUGUGGGCAGCAAGGCUUCGGACACCCAGGGCAGCACAUCCAGCAUUGGAGAGCCAGAGGUACGUCUACACAGAGCUGUGGAACGGGGUGGAGACGCCCAGCGAGAGCAUAUCAGUCGAGAAAGGUUGGCCGGCGAUGUCACCACUUCUGGGGGUGGGAGCCAAUUUAAAAGCCGCAGCCAGAGUUUCAACACUGACACAACCACCAGCGGCAUCAGCUCCAUGAGUUCCAGCCCAUCUCGAGAGACGGUUGGGGGUGUAGACUCUUCCACCAUCGACACGGACUGUGUUAGCCUCAAUACGGUCAUUAGCACUCAAACUAUCAAAACUCUUCAUGCUCUCACACCCCAGUCCAAUCAUCUGCCCCUGUCCAAAUCGAACUCAGUGCUCCUGAUGCCCCCUGGGUCCUCUCACACUCUGCCCCGAAGGGCUCAGUCCCUUAAAUCCCCAUCCGUUACAACCAUCUCAAGCCUGACAGACUGCAGCUUCAUGUACACAAGCCCACGGGAUGCACUGGGCUAUGCUACCCUCAAACGACUGCAACAGCAGCGCAUCCACGCCUCCCUCUCCCAUAGCGAGGCACUUGCCUCUCCGGCCAAAGAUGUUCUCUUUACUGAUGCCAUCACUAUGAAAACUGGCAGCCUGGACUCCAGACUCACGCCACGCAGGUAUACUAAAAAGCGCUUCAGAUGUCUGGGCCAAGGUUCAAGCAGGCUCCAUCGCAGAUCUCUGCUCCCACGGUUUAUCAAGGCUCUGAGUUUUGCUUCUUUGGAUAAAGAGGAUCUUCUAAGCCCCAUCAGUCAAACCUCCCUACAGCGCUCUUCUUCAGUGCGUUCCAUGGUGUCCAGUGCCACAUACGGCAACUCUGAUGAAUACAUUGGCCUUGCACUGCCAAUGGAUAUCAACAGCAUGUUCCAGAUUAAAGACAUACCAUACUUCCAGAAGAGGACGAGUCCACCAUCUGAAGACCGAUCUGCAAAGUUCUUCUCUGGGGAUGCUGAUGGUUCCAGUGAAGGCUCCAUGCAUUCUGUUUUGAGGUCUCAGUUGAGUAUUACAGAGCUGAUUGCGGUAAGCCGAACGGACCAGCAGCAGCUGCUGGGCAUGGAAGAGACCGGCCUGCAGGAGCACAGUGAUGAGAACUGCCUUUACUGUGCAGGGUUAUAUGUGCUCGGUUGCAAUUCAAACACUCCCACCCAAAGCCGCCCAGACUAUCCUGAUGCUCCAUACUCAGAAUGGUGCAAUCAGACUGUACACAACCUGGAAGUCAUGCCCCAGUCCAAGUUCUCGGGAGUGUCUGGCUGCAGCGACGCAGUCUCUCAGGGCUCUGGUGGCAGCACACGCAGCACUGAGCUUGUUCUUGGGGUGAAAAACAUUCCAGAGGAUGCUCCAGCUUGCCGGGUUCUCCUGAGGAAGGAGGUGCUUAGGCUGGUCAUCAACCUCAGCUCCUCAGUUGGAACUAAAGGGAAUGAAACUGGACUCCUCACAAUCAAGGAAAAGUUUCCCUAUGCGUUUGAUGACAUCUGUCUAUAUUCUGAAGUUUCCUACUUGCUGGCUAAUUGCAUGUUCAGACUGGCCUCGCGACGCUUCAUUCAGGAACUCUUCCAAGACGUUCAGUUCAUUCCGAUGUAUGAAGAGGCCGAGAGCAUUUUGUCUAUGCCAAAGAAGUUUACCACUCUAGAUCCUCCAUCACAGUUGUGAACUUCUAGAUGUUUUUCAGAAUAUUUUCUUCUCAUGAUACACCAAGCUACCAAUCCAUUUCCCUGGCCUGGCUGUGCACUUAAGAUGAUUACAUAAUAAGAGACUAGGGCUAUGGAACAGACAUGGGUGGAUCAAGAGCGGAAGAGCGGUACGUUAUAAGAACAAACUUUUCACAAAUGAACAAAUGCACUCUACAUAGAUGCUCUGUAGCCAUCUACAGUGGAUGCUGUAACCAAAUAAUCCUUUUGACUGACAGUUAUGAACUGUAGAGCAUUGAACAGAAAGUGAAACACAAAAUGAUUGGACUGAAUUACUGCAGAAAAUCAAUGAGUCAAUCCAAAUUGUAUUUACAAUGCAAGUGAGCAAAAUCAUUUAAGACAUUCAAGUUUUUUAAAUUUAUUAGGUCAGUUAAAUUUCUGCUUGGCUGUUAUUGUCCUAUUUAAAGGCCAAUGUGUCUGGUUGCAUGUAACAAAAUAUACCCUCGAUGCAGGAUCCUUCAACACUACAACAUUCCGGUUUGUUUGCCUUCUGGUUGGAAUUCUCUGUUACUAAUUCUGGUUGUUCAAGGAAUAUGAAGUGGCUAUUGCAACAAGAAUAAGCAAGCACUUCACUUUAGUCCUGAUGUGAUUGCAAUAUAAGACAAUCAUCACUAAGUAGUAAUAAUGAGAAACUGCCAAUCUUUUUGUAACUGACACACAAAAUGGGUCUUUUCUGCCUAUUCGAAUCAAUUCUUGUCAUAGGGCUUCAAACAUGAAACAGCAAAGAAGGAAGAAUUUGUGAGUAAAUCAUCCAUAAAACCAUUCUCAAUUGUCUCAGUUAUUUCAAAACGACAAUUUACGCAACAAUGGUUUUACAAAUGAAUUACACAGAAAUGCGGUCUGCUCAUGUUUCACAAAUGAGGCCUACAAACUGAAAGAUGCCAAUGCCCAAGUAAAUGUAUUCACAUGUACUUGGAGGUGUAGAUACACAAUCGAACAAUUAACUGACCUCUCAAUCAUUCAAAAAAGUAUCACAUUUAAACCAACAGUAGACAAGAUAUUUAUUUAUUUAUUUACUUAUUUAUUGUUUGGUCCAUACAGCUCCUAGAUCCCUUUUACUUAAGUUCCAGCUCAUUAGCCAGGGUUAAACUGUAGCUACAUUAUUUAUGUCUGACAGUCACUGUGCAGUACAUUGUCACCAUUGUCUACUGUCAAGUUAAUGAGAGUUAUCCAUACUGUAGGAAUAUUGCUUAAAGAAAGUCAUCUCCUUAAAGGAAUGUUCCAGGUUUAAUACAAGCUAAGCUCUAUUGACAGCAUUUGUAGCAUAAUAUUGAUUACCACAAAAAUUAAUUUAGUCUCGUCCUUCCUUUUCUUUAAAAAAAAAAAGAAAAAAUCUGGGUUACAGUAAGGCAUGUACAAUGGAAGUGAAUGGGGGCCAAUUUUUUUUUUAUUUUAAAAUACUGUUUCAAAAGAUUAACUACAAUACUUAAUAUGCAUGUUAACAUGAUUUUAGUAUGAUAAAAUCACUUACUAACCUUUUCUGUGUAAAGUUAUAGCCAUUUUACAUCUUCGUUGCCAUGACGAUGUAAUGUGAAUAAAACCUAAAAUCCUAAAAUGACUGUUUUAAAUUUAAAAGAUUUAAAAAACUGUACAGCUCAAAUAAUACAUGAGUUUUAACAGAAUCAUUAUUAUUAGUGCUUUUAUAAAAUUAUACGCUUCACAUUUCUGCCUUUAACCCCUCCAAACAUUGGCCUCAUUCAUUUCCAUUUUAAGUGCCUCACUUUUUUAAAGAAAAGGAGGGACGAAACGAAAUUACAUUUUGUGGUAAUCUACAUUAUGCCACUAAUGCUGUCGAUUGAGCUUAACUUGUAUUGAACCCGGAACAUUCCUUUACAUUAGAGAAGCAUUAAAAAUAUCAAUGAACCAGACUCACCCAACAUAUUGUUUAUGUUAGGUAAGAAAUUAUUUGAUAAGUCAAUAAGUCAUCAACGGUCAGUCUUGUUUUUACUUUGGAAUGUGGUUGGUGGAUUUUGAGCAGGAGAAUCAAGAGAAUUAAGGUUAAACUGACAAGAAAUGUUCAUCAUUGUUCUACAAUGACUGAUCCACAAUCCGUUGAUUAAAAUGACAUGUUGUGCUUAUAAAUUUGACUGGCAAACAGUCAACAAUUACCUACUAAGCUUUAUCAUCUUUAAUAUUUAUAUCGGCAAUUGUCGGUAUUGCACAUAGCCGUUCUGGUCUGAUGAGGUCUAAAAAUGUAUUUUCAACGUAGUUUGUUAACAUUGCAUAAAAACAUUAAAAAAAUGUUUAGAUCCCCAUUUUUAACUUUGAAUUUGAAGUUAAUAUCUGAAUUAUAUCUAUGCAAUGUGCCUGUUAAUUCUAUAUACAUAAUUGAAUUGUUAUUGAAGAUAUGAUGACCGAUGUGUUUUCUUGUUGGCUGGACCAUUUAUUUAGGCUAUUUAGGCAGCUUUAAUUACUUUACCUUAUUUGUAUUCGCUUUAAUCCUAUUAAACUUAAUGAAAUUGUCCUUUUUUCUUUUAUUUAUUAUAGAAACUAAUAAAUACUAAUAAUUACAAAUCAGGUUUAAACAUCCAUUACUUUUGUAUUGUGAAAGAUUAACUUAAAAGUCUGAAAUGGCCAGCAAUAAUAAUAGUAGUUUUUAUUGUAGCAAUUCAUUAAGGCUUCUGGGACAACUUUUAAGUGUAUGUGUAUUCUUAACCCUUAUCUGCAAAACAGUGGAUCAAAAUAGAAGGCUUUGAAAAGAUGGGAGCUGUCCAAAAGAUACAGAUUAAAUAUGGCGAUGUGCUGUGGGCUUAUAUGAUGCUGCAUAUGUUAAAGCGUAAGUUUUGGAUUAGGCUAUACUGUAUACUGGCUGGUGAAAUUAUUUCAAAAUUAAUUAAGCCAUUGAUAAAAGACUAUUUUUUUAACAAAAUAAAUAUGUGUUCUGAAACCUCCCCCUAAUAUUUUCUGAACUGUUCUUCGAUAAACAAUUUCAGAAACAAAGCGUGCUACUUAAAGCCCUCAAGUCAUUAUAUAAGAGUGUGGUGAAAUAAUUCCAGAAUGCCACAUGGUUCUUUGAGGGUCUUUUUGCCCAGUGUUAAAUCAUGUUAUAUUCUUGCUUCCUUUUUCUCCGACUGGGGGUUAUGUGUACCCCUCAGGAUGACUGGCAGCCAUUGUUUCAUUGUUUUUAAAAGAGAUUUCAAUUGUAAUGCUGGGAUUUUAAAUUGUAAUGCUGUUAAUAAAUGGGCUGGUGUAGAAACCCUUAUGUAGAAAUAAUGAAAGCAGCAAUUAUUACAAAAUACUAAAGAGUUGUAUUUGUGGACUAAGUUCCAAAUAUGGGGGAUUUGUUAUUUCCAUCACCAUUAAUGCUAAAUGAAAUAAAUAUAUUUUAAAUGUACAUUUGUUCAUUGUAAAAUGAAAACAAAUUGCACCUUUCAGUGAUUUUCUUUUUCUUUAAGUGCACUCAUAAGUUUGCAGAGCGCUGUAUUAAAUGUAAGCACCAUUUACUAUUGAAAUAGCAAAGACAGUUGCAAGAAGUGUUAUUUAUAUUUUUUCUAAAGGGAAAACAAAUCUUAAACAGUUGUACAUACUUCUGAUGUUUUCUUAAUUCUGAGCUUUCUUGUAUAAUUUAAUGUGGGCUGGCAUUAGCUAUGAGCCUUGAGAAACAAUCUAAUAAAAGGGAUGCAUCCUCAUUAAAAAUAAAUCUCAAUUUCCUUUACUCAAUUCUCUAGUGUUUACAGUCCAG